AUGGCGGCCGACGUCUUCGCGCGGGCCGGCCGGUUCCGCCUGUGGGCGCCGCCGCCUCGGCCGCCUUCUUUGCCUUCCUCGUCCCUCUCGCGGCGGGCGGCGGCGGCGGCCCUGGGCCAGGACUCGUCGUCGUCGUCGUCCGAGGACAUGCAGAUGGAUCGCCAGGUGAAACCAAACCUUGAAGAAGCUCUCUUUCUCUGUGUAUGUGGGAUUGCUGAGGUGGCAGAGCUGACUUUAAACCUUGUAUUGAGCUCUGUUUACUUUGAAUGUUUUAUUAUAUAUUUAAAACUUGACGCUUUUGUGUUCUGUUGCAGUGGCAAGUUGGUCUCGCCCAAGUGGAAGAAUUUCAAAGGCCUGAAGCUUCAGUGCAGGGACAAGAUUCGGCUCAACAACGCCAUCUGGAGGGCCUGGUACAUCCAAUAUUUGGAAAAGCGGAAGAACCCUGUGUGCCAUUUUGUGACUCCCUUGGACGGUUCCGUGGAAGUUGAUGAGCACCGGCGCCCCGAGGCUAUUGCAACAGAAGGGAAGUAUUGGAAGCGGCGGAUAGAAAUAGUAAUACGAGAGUAUCACAAGUGGAGAACCUACUUCAAAAAAAGGUUGCAGAAACACAAAGAUGAAGACCUUUCCAGCUUGGUCCGGGAUGAUGACAUACUCCUCUUGCAUCAUGAGACCUACGGCCAAGAGAAGCCAGUCCCCAUGGAACUGGACUCCCUCUUUAGCACGGACAUGCUUAUGCUGGAGCUACCAGACACCCUCUUCUCCACACUGUCUUCUCACCUGCCGGCCGGCUCACAUCCCAAGGAAACAGCACACUUAGGGAAUGCCGAUAUGAUUCAGCCAGGGCUUAGUCCUCUGCAGCCAAACUGCAUGGAUACCUGUGAACUUUUUCAAGAACUUUUCAUGUCCAAUCGUCCCAGUAAUUACUUUGGUGCCACUCCGACUGCCGGUUCUGCCAUGGUGGACGCCUGCAAUCAGUCUUCCCAGACCUCGGACCUCUCUUCAGGUUCUCUGUCCAACCCACUCACCCCGAUGAACCUCCGAGAAGGGCUCGUCACCUCCCCGGUGCCUGCCCCCCUCCUGCCCAACGUGGCGGACGUUGUCGCUGACCAGUGCCUCGGCCUGAGGAGCGGGGACUCCUUCUUGGAUUCGGCCGGCUUCCCUUCCGAACCAUCUCUGAGCGGACAGCCUCAGUUCCUGCCUCCUUUCCCAGAUCUGGGGGCCCUCCUUCAGCCUCCUCUGGCCUCCCCGUUGCAGCAGGCAGCGCUGCCUCUGAGCAGCGGCGGGAUGGCCUCCCUCUUCGCCCCCGCCGAGCUGUGCAAAUCCUCCGUCAUCACCCACACCGCCUCCGCCACCCUGACGCGGAACGUCCCCGCCACCACCUUCAGCCACGGGCAGGCUGGCCUCCUGGUGAACCAGCCGCCGCCGGGGAUGGGAGGAGUGCCUUGCAACCUCACCCUCCAGACCGCCGUCACGCCGCGGCAGCCCCUCCUGCAGCCCCUGCCCAACUUUUCAGUCUCUGCGGCCAGUGCCGGGAUGAGGCCCAAGAAGCCGCAAAAGAUUGUGCCUGCUCCAAAGCCAGAAACAGUUUCCUUGGUGUUGAAAAAUGCGUUUAUCACCCCAGCGGCCUUUCAGGGACAGCCUAGAGCCGUGAUUGUAACUCCAUCGCCCAUGAAAAGAGAAGGGGUCUUGGCUCCUAGGAUGUCCCAGCCGAAUGUCGUCAUUGCACCAUCGGGAAUGGCCAGAGUGUCUCAAGGGCCAGAAUUCCACAGCGGUAUUCUGCUCAGUCCAGGUCAGCCGUCUCCAAGCCCCCAGCCAAUCCCAGCCGCGGUGCCGCACCUUUUUUCUCCUAGCGCCAUCCGGGAAGUGUUAGUGAAAGGCGAGCAAGCCCUUCCCCACAAAAUCAGCACGCACGGCCUCUCGCCUUCACCCAGCAGGGAUUGUCAGCCCUCAGGACAAGCUUCGCCGUGCCCUUCCGAGCAGAGCCCCAGCCCUCAGUCCCCUCAAAACAGUUUCUCAGGGAAGCCGCUGAAUGACCCUCAAAUGGCUGCUUUCAAGAAUCGCAGGAUGAAGCAUAUUUCGGCAGAACAGAAGCGUCGGUUUAACAUCAAGAUUGGCUUCAGCACACUCAGCACCUUGGUGUCACUGAACUCUAAAUCAAUCAGCCAUGCCCUCACACUCCAGAAGACGGUGGAGUACAUCGCCAAGUUGCAACAGGAGAGAUCUCAGAUGCAGGAAGAAGCCAGGCGCCUCCGGGAAGAAAUUGAGGAGCUGAACGCCAACAUCAUCUCCUGUCAACAGCAGCUCCCGGCCACGGGGGUUCCCAUCACACGGCAGAGGUUUGAUCACAUGCGGAACAUGUUUGAUGAAUAUGUCAGAAACAGGACUUUGCAGAAUUGGAAGUUUUGGAUCUUCAGCAUCAUCAUCAAUCCCUUGUUUGAAACAUUCAAUGGGAUGGUGUCCACAACCAGCUUAGAGGAACUGAACCAGACGGCGUUGGCGUGGGUGGACCAGCAUUGCUCCUUACUAGUCCUGAGGCCAAUGGUUUUGAACACUCUUCGGCACUUGAGCAUCACCACCUCCAUUCUCUCCGACCCAUCCCGCUUGCCAGAACAAGCCACCGAGGCCGUGAGUAAGCUUAACAAAACAGCUGGAGAAACCUAACCAAAGACACCCGGCGGGCGGACCUUUCUCAAGCCACAGCGAACAUCCGAGCCAAGCCUUACAAAGACUUUUUUAAAAAAACACCUCCUUGCGGUUGAUUCCUUUUCCAGCACAUGCAGGACCUCGGCAUCAAGAAGAGAUGAUUGGAUGGGGAGUGGGGAGGGGACGAGCAAAGAUGCCAAGGGGACAGUCUGUUGAUAGUGUGCUUGGGUUUGGUCAAAUAAGAAAACUGACUCAGGUAAAUAAGUGGGGUGAUAAACCUGCACCCAGCAAUAGACACACUCCUUCAAUGCAACAUAUCAAAAUA